AUGGAACCCAUUUGCUUGCCAACCGAAGCAACUAUCCUAAAGCCCAUAAAGACUGAGAGGUGGGAUCCUGAACUUGAUGGGGAUUUGAUCCAAGAAGCACCAGAGCAUGCACCUAUCAACGACUACAUGAUCCCGAUCGUCGACUCACCCUUUGCACUUCAAGCCGAAGAUUACGGCAUCAUCGGUUCUGCUGAGUUUGAGGAAUAUGAACGGUGGUUCUAUCCACACUCUCACGAAUUCUUUUUUCCGAGCUUGGAUGCAAGCCAGCUACCAGAAACCAUUUCUUCAGAAGCAAAGAGCGUGGAGAAUCAGACCUCCGACCACCUGAUCAGUAGCCCGUUGAGGGGAAAUGAUAUUCAACGUCGUAAGAAAUCAAAUGCACUGAAAAGGUGUCGAACACUCUUCAGCCCGGAGAAUCCCCCAGAAGAGCUACCCGAAGACUUCAUCUUGAAGCUAUUCGGAUGGCUCUUCCACUGCGGAGAAUCACUACUCUAGUGCGUAUACUGAAAUAGAUAGGUUGACAUUGAGCUCAACAGAGCAAGAAAGCCUCCUCAAAUGGCUCUCGAAACAAUUUGGAACUAUUUCUGAAGCAUCAAAUUGCAUCGAAUCAGGGGAUUCAAAUUGCAAAA